UUCUUUUAUUGCAGAAGCUUCAAGCAGCAAAUUACAUUAGAAAUGAGGAUCUACUUGUCUGUGUACAUUGUGGUAAUUCUAUCUGCCUCAGUUUGGGGACAGGUCAAGAAUGGGCAUCUCAUCGAUAAACAGGAUCCGGACACAAUGUUGUUAGGUAAUCGGAACGACGAACAUCAUUUAUAUGUUGAUAAACGAGAUCCAGACCCCAUGUUUAUAGAUAAAAGGGAUCCAGAUCCUUUUUUUGUAGGAAAACGGGACCCAGAUCCAUUUUUUGUGGGAAAACGGGACCUAGAUCCAUUUUUUGUGGGGAAAAGGGAUCAAGAUCCUUUUUUUGUAGGAAAACGGGGUCGGGACCACCUUUUUGUUGGUAGACGGGUUCCAGAUCCAUUCUUUGUAGGUAAAAAGGAUCCAGACACUUCAUUUGUCGGUAAACGGGAUCCAGACCCCAUCUUCGUUGGUAAAAGGGAUCCAAACACUUUAUAUAUAAGGAAGAGAAAUCCUGACCCUUUUUCUGUAGGUAAAAGAGACCCAGACCCUUUCUUUGUUGGUAAACGAGACCCAGAUCCGUUUUUUGUAGGUAAACGACAUUCAGAACCCUUUUUUCUAGGCAAACGAGAUUCAGACCCCCUUUUUGUAGGUAAACGAGAUCCAGACCCCUUUUUUGUUGGUAAACGAGAUUCAGAUCCCUUUUUUGUUGGUAAACGAAAUCCAGAUCCCAUGUUUGUAGGUAAAAGGGACGAAGAUCCCAUGUUUGUAGGCAAAAGGAGUGAAUACCCUCUCUCCGUUGAGAAUUCACUCCAUCGGUUAUUUGUAAACAAACGACGUACGGAGGAAAAUCCCUUGUUAGCAAGUAUACAAGUUCCAUUAUUUAGAAGAAAACAGAAUUAUCAUGACCAAAAGCUAGAAACUCCUUUAUUUGUAGGCAAACGAGAUGAUGAUCCUCUUUUUGUAGGCAAACGAGAUGAUGACCCCUUAUUUGUAGGAAAAAGAGGUUAUAUUAAUCAGUUACCUACACAUGAUUAUCUUGACCAGGACAUAUCAAACAAGCCAGGCGAUCCCAUAUACGAUGAUAAUGUAAUAUAUACAGGCAAACCAUUCCAUGGUGAGCCCUUAUUUGGAGGAAAACAAUAUCCGGAUCACACGUUUUUAAACAAACCAGAUGAUCCCAUUAUUAUAAGCAAACGAGUUCAUUAUGAUUCUGUAUCGGCAGGCAAACGACAAAACGAUCAUCCCUUAUUUCCCAGAAAGCGAAAUUCAAGAUCUGUAUACACUAAUAUACAUGAACCGGAUCUAAUAUUUCGUUCUUUACGAAAUAACGAUACGUUUUUAACGGGAAAACAAAAGCCGGCGUCAUUUCCCUCAGCUUUCGUUGCACCAUUUUCCAGGGAGACUGUAUUUGGUCGUAAAAGAGAGCAGGAUCCAAUGUUUGUCGGUAAACGUGAGGAAAAUCCCAUGUUUGUUGGAAAACGAGAGGAUGAUCCUGUGUUUGUCGGUAAACGAGAAGAUCCUAUGUUUGUCGGGAAACGGGGGAAAGAACCUAUGUUUGUUGGUAAACGUGAUGAAGAUCCAAUGUUUGUUGGUAAAAGAGAGAAAGAGCCUAUGAUUGUUGGUAAACGUGAAGAUCCAAUGUUUAUCGGUAAACGGGGGAAAGAGCCUAUGUUUGUCGGUAAAAGAAAUCCUAGGUUUGUAGGUAAACGAGACGAUCCAAUGUUUGUGGGUAAACGAGAGAAGAACCCUAUGUUUGUCAGGAAACGAGAAGAUCCUAUGUUUAUCGGUAGACGAGAGGAGGAUCCAGUGUUUGUCGGUAAACGAGAGGAAGAUCCUGUAUUCGUUGGCAAACGAGGGGUGGAUCCUAUGUUCGUGGGUAAACGAGGGGAAGAUCCCAUGUUUGUCGGUAAAAGAGAAAGUCAUAUGUUUGUUGGUAAACGAGAGAAAGAGCCUAUGUUUGUUGGUAAACGAGAAGAUCCGAUGUUUGUCGGUAAAAGAAGAGAUCCCAUGUUUGUUGGUAAGAGAGAAGAUCCGAUGUUUGUCGGUAAAAGAGAAGAUCCUAUGUUUGUUGGUAAAAGAGAAGAUCCUAUGUUUGUCGGUAAAAGAGAAGAUCCUAUGUUCAUCGGUAAAAGAGAAGACCCCAUGUUUGUCGGUAAAAGAGAAGAGCCUAUGUUUGUUGGUAAAAGAGAAGAUCCCAUGUUUAUAGGUAAAAGAGAAGAUCCUAUGUUUGUAGGUAAAAGAGAGGAACCUAUGUUCAUCGGUAAAAGAGAAGACCCCAUGUUUGUCGGUAAAAGAGAAGAUCCUAUGUUCAUCGGUAAAAAAGAAGAUCCCAUGUUUGUCGGUAAAAGAGAGGAUCCCAUGUUUGUGGGUAAAAGAGAAGAUCCCAUGUUCAUCGGUAAAAAAGAAGAUCCUAUGUUCGUUGGUAAAAGAGAAGAUCCCAUGUUUGUUGGUAAAAGAGAAGAUCCCAUGUUUGUUGGUAAAAGAGAAGAUCCUAUGUUUAUCGGUAAAAAAGAAGAUCCUAUGUUCGUUGGUAAAAGAGAAGAUCCCAUGUUUGUCGGUAAAAAAGAAGAUCCUAUGUUCGUUGGUAAAAGAGAUCCUAUGUUUGUCGGUAAAAGAGAAGAUCCUAUGUUCGUUGGUAAAAGAGAAGAUCCCAUGUUUGUCGGUAAAAGAGAAGAUCCCAUGUUUGUCGGUAAAAGAGAAGAUCCCAUGUUUGUCGGUAAAAGAGAAGAUCCAAUGUUUAUAGGUAAAAGAGAAGAUCCUAUGUUUGUUGGUAAAAGAGAAGAUCCCAUGUUCAUCGGUAAAAGAGAAGAGCCUAUGUUUGUCGGUAAAAGAGAAGAUCCUAUGUUCAUCGGUAAAAGACAAGAACCUAUGUUUGUCGGUAAAAGAGAAGAUCCCAUGUUUGUUGGUAAAAGAGAAGAGCCUAUGUUUGUUGGUAAAAGAGAAGAUCCCAUGUUUGUUGGUAAAAGAGAAGAUCCCAUGUUUGUCGGUAAAAGAGAAGAUCCUAUGUUUGUAGGUAAAAGAGAGGAUCCUAUGUUCAUCGGUAAAAGAGAAGACCCCAUGUUUGUCGGUAAAAGAGAAGAUCCCAUGUUCAUCGGUAAAAGAGAAGAGCCUAUGUUUGUCGGUAAAAGAGAAGAUCCCAUGUUUGUUGGUAAAAGAGAAGAUCCCAUGUUCAUCGGUAAAAGAGAAGAUCCCAUGUUUGUCGGUAAAAGAGAAGAUCCCAUGUUUAUAGGUAAAAGAGAAGAGCCUAUGUUUGUCGGUAAAAGAGAAAAUCCUAUGUUUGUUGGUAAAAGAGAUGAUCCCUUGUUUGACGGUAAAAGAGAAGAUCCUAUGUUUGUGGGUAAAAGAGAAAACCCUAUGUUUGUUGGUAAACGAGAGAAAAAUCCUUUGUUCGUUGGCAAACGUGAGCACAUCACAGAAUUACUCAGUAAAGGAGGGUUUAGUGGGACCCAUUCUGGAAAUAGACCUUACCAAUAUGUUAUAGGUAAGUCAAAGUACAAUCCUGGUCUUGUAAGAAAACGAAAAUUGCGCCUUAUGAAUUUAGUUACACACAACAAAAAUUCUCUAAAAGUCGAUCAUCAAGUAUCUAAGGACAAACGGGAGUUAGAAUCUGUAACUAGAAAUAAACCUAUUUUUAGAAGAAAUGAAGAAUCUUCUGCAGAUAAAAUUUCGCGUUCGCGGUCAAAUUUUUUACUUGGGAUUAAGCGAUAUCCAGGGCCUUCUUUUGUAAGUAAAACAAUUAAAUAUCCCCAGAGUCGAUAUACCUUGUUAUCAGAUAAACGAGAUGAGGAUCCCUUAUUUGUUGGUAAACGAAUUGUAGGUAGAAAUUACUUAACUGCUAAUCGUAAGUUUGCUGCUAAAAGGCGCCAAAAGUUUAAACGUACGGCAGCAAAACCUUCUAAUACGAUUUCUCUACAUAAACGGAACUUCAGCCAUACAAUGUUAGUAAAACGGUAUUUAGGAAUUCAAGAUCCAUCGUCCCCAGUCAUAGAGUUACCAAAUGCCCAUAAUCCCUCAAAUUCAGUUAAGCCCUCUAAGAAAUUAUCUAAAAAAAAUCUUCAUAUGCCGUUAAAUGUUUUAUAUACUUUACCGAUGAAAAGUGAUAGCAUUAAUAAUUUUAAAGACACAAAUAGAACUGAUUAUGGAGAACAGAAUUCACUAGGGUUGAGUAAAACCGAUCUCACAUCCAAAGUGAUAUCGCGAAGAUCUUCGUCACAACCCUCUUCACAUAAGUUCAAAGAAGGAAAAAUUAACGCUGUACGUGUUAAUAAAGGAAAAAUCGAGAACCCGUACGAAAAACAUGCUGACACAUUGUCACAUUCUGGUGAUGCCAUUGAGAAUUCUCAAAGAUUAAUGAGUUCAACAGCGAAAGAAGACAAUCAUGGUGAUAAAACUGAUCUGAGAGACGUUGAAAUUCCAGUGCGAUGAAAACAGCUUCAUCAAAAUGAAUUUCACAAUGAAUAGCCCUGGUCGAUCCAAUGCAGGUUAAAAUAACACACAUACACACACAGAAGAAAGCAAGCAAGAGACAUUAUUUGUGUCGAAGAGGAACAUCCAAGCACUGAAUUCAUUUCUUCGUGAUGAUCUUCAACCAUUUUAACUACAUUUUCUACGAAGCGAAUCGUGGAAAAUUUAACCUACACCGUUUACUGUUCAUUUUAGAGAACUCUCCAUUUUACCUAUCGAUCUAUCAAAUCAGACUUUUAUUCUUAUUAACUUAGACACUGAGACUAGCAUACAGCAAUGACACGAACAGCUGCAACAUCAUAUACAAUAUAUAUAUAUUAUAUAUAUAUAUAUAUAUAUAUAUAUAUAUAUAAAGAACAGUGAUAUCUAAAGGGGAAGAAACUGCAAAGAACGAAGGGGAGGUAAUUUAUGGAAACGAAAUUUAAAGAAGAAAACAAAAAAACACCACACGGGAAUAAAAUCUUAUUCGCGCAACAAAAAAGGUGUUGCGCGAACGCAAAAA